UGUAAUAGAUAUAAAGUAACAAUAAUAAAUCUGUGCGAUUAGAAAUAUUUUUACCAAUUUUUUUUUUUUAGGACAACAUUAUACUUUUAGCUUUCUCAAUUGCUGUGAUCCUAUCAAUGUCUGAACCAGUUGGGAAAGGGGAUAUCUGGGUGAAUGUUACCAUGAUUGCUUUUUAAAUGCAUACAAAAAAAGUUGUACAACUUGAAUUUGAACUCAGGGCUUAAGCCUCCUUAAUUCAACUUAUACCACCACAUCUUUCAAAAUUUUUAUAAGCUAGCAUAGUGUAUGAAGAUGUAACAAUCAAAAGUUCAAUAUCAAAAUAAAAAUAUUCAAGAAUUUUACAGUCAUUAAUACUGAAUCACAAAGAAUGGAGCAAUGGAAAGCAUUUUGAACAAUGGCAUGUGAUGGAGACGAUAGAGAAAAAAGAGUGGACCUUUCAUUACAAAUUCAAGAUGCCAUUGUCAACAAUGAACCUGAUUCUUUAGCUCAAGCAUUAAUGAAGGCUGAUAUAAAUGUCUGCCUGAACAAACGAAGAGACUCCCCUUUGUUUCUGGCUGUCAAACUGAGCCAUGUGGCCAUAGUGAAAGCACUUCUAGCUUCACCAGGUUGUGACUUGAACCAUCAAAAUAUUAAUGGAUAUUCACCCCUAGAUUUAGCCUUGGUAAUGGUAUAUGACAAGCAAGAAGACAUGCACCAAAGUGCAUGCUGGAACAUUUUAGAAAUGCUGCUUGAAGCAGGUGCAGAGCCUGCCAGCCAAGGGGCAAUGCUCUAUGUCAUCAGAACAGCCUUAAAGCUUAAGGAUGAUGAAUUCAUUUUACGAUUGAUUCAUAUGGUCAUAAAUCAUUCCAACUCUUUAAAGCUUCACACUCUAUUACUCCUGAAACUCCAUCGCAACCAGGCCCUGUACGAUGGUCACUUGUUCAAUGAAUUCCUGGAGUUGGUCUCCAUCUUUACUAUCAAACUAAUAAAAUCUCACGGUGGCAGAGAUGAUCUGCAGCAAAUAUUCGAUUGCCUUCCUCUAUAUAUCGACUCUCACUGGCACACUCGCCAGCGCAGAGACAGCCUGUAUAUGAAACUAGUUGUGUACCUCAGCGCUGCUGGCUGGAAAUGGACUGACCUUGUGUGUCUUGAUCAUAUGGCGCGGAUUAGCCCAACGUUAUCACAGUGGUGUAGUUCUUCAAUAACGAAACCUUUACUGUUGACACAAGCUUGCAGGGUCACUUUGAACUCAUGUCCAUAUAGAAAUCAAAUAAUGAAGUACUGUAAAAUUCCAAGCAUUAUUCUCAACUUUCUUAAUUACUCAGACAUUGAUUCACUUUUUUCUGUUAAUUCAGAAUUUCCUUUAGACUCAAUCAAAUUGUCAACAUAAAUUAACUAUUGCAUAAUUAUUUUGAUAGACAAUUGUAAGACUUCUAUAGUCCUGUAAAUAUUCUAGUAUAUUGGUUUGCCAAUACCUAUUUCAAGUAACAUAUCUGUUCAAGAAAAAUUGACUUAUAUUUGGAAUUAAUUUUACAGUGGGCUUAAAAACUUUUCAUGUCAGUAUUCUGGUGAUGAGGUCACAGCACAGACUUAAGGAAUACUUCUAAAAUGUCUUUGAAACCAAAAUGUUUACAGUUGAUGUAUAGAUUAUUAAAAUAAUUAACUUUCAUUAGCAUUUGACCUCAUUGAUGCACCAAAAGCAAUUAAAGGUCAAAUUUAUUUAAACAAUUAAAUAAAAUUAAACAGAAAAUCAUAUUUAAAAAUUAUAAAAAUUAUAUUUACUUUAGAAUAAAAAAAAUGAUAUUAGCAAAUAUCAAUUACCAAUAAUGAAAAGGUGUUGACCAAUUUAGAUCCUUUUUGUAUACAUCACUCUCAGGUUAACCUUUGAGUUGAAAUAUUUUGUUCAACUCAUUUGACUUUUUUUUUUUGUUUAUGAGAAGCUGAAUUUGUGUACUUAAAAAUCCAUUUACUGUCUCUACUAGUCCGCCAUUUAGGAGACGUAUGCAAUAUUUUUUAUUUUAUGCAGAACAUUUUAUUUACAUCUUUUUUUUUCCUUGCUAUUGCCUCAAAUAUUAUUGAUCCAUUUUGUUUUAUAUUUAAACUGAUAAUUUUUUUUAUAAACUGCAAAUGGCUUUUUUUUUUGUGUUAUACAUUCAAUGAAAUUUUAUAAUUGCUUUUUAUAUUCAAUUUAGUUGCUCUAUUUUGUUUAAAUAUGAUAUUAAAACUGGAUUUUCAUUCAUAAUUGUGCAUUUUAUUUUAUUUCUCUGACUUUUGAAUAUAACAGAAUGAAGAUUCUAUGGUAAGCAGUUCUGAAUAUUGUCAUAGUGAACACGUCCAUCCCUGCCGUCCAGUUUAAGUUUUGUGUCAGGUCAUAAAAAUUUAAAUUUUAAAGGAAAGCUUGUUUAUAAAGCAAUCAUCAAUUUAUAAGCAAAUUACUUUUAAAAUAAGGAAAAAAAUAUUAAUACAACAAAGAUUUGGGGAGGAAAUUUUUUUUUUUAAUUUGUUUUUUUUUUUAGUGAAUAUAACAGCCCUAUUUAAAACAAUCCACAAAUUAAAUUUUGUUUUACAAAUUUUUGUGUUUGCUUUUUGUGUGAUUUGAUUGUUUUUUAUAAACACCCUUGUUCAUCUGUUUUUCCAUAAACAUCUUGAAUAGUCAGUAAGAUUUUGUAGUGUACUUUAAGUAAUAUCUUGAGAGAAUUUUAUUUUUCAAUAACUCAUUUUUGUUGACCCAUUUCUUUUUAUUAUUGAUAUUAUUUUUUAUAUAGAUAUACACUAACUUACCUCCAAUGCAAUAUCUACUCCUUACUUCAUUGGUUUGUAGUCACUUAAAGAAUAUUGAUGUUUGUAAGGUGAAUUAACAUUUAAAUGUUUUAAAACAGAAAUCAUUGUAGAUGUGUUAUUACAAAACUGAAGUGUAUAGCCUUGAUUUUUUGAAACAGCUGAUUUAUGAUCAGAUGAUAGUUUACAGUAUUAUGUGCGUAUAUUUUUGUUUGCGUGGUGUUGUUUUUUUCAGUUACUACUAUUAACUCACACUUUUGUCAUAAUGGUAGUAAAAAAAAAAAAAAAAAGUAGAAGAAACAUUUGAAUAAUUUAUUCUGACAACUUUUUAUCAUCAUACCAUAGAGCUGAAAUCAACAAAAAAUAAAUGACAUAUGUUAUUAAAAUUUCAGAAAGAUCACUUCAGUAAAGAUAUGGUGGCCAUAUUUAUUUCCUAUUUAUUUUGAUGUUAUUUUUAUAUCUUGAUUAUGUUUAUGUCUUGAUGGUCCUGAUUUAAUAUCCUGCCCACUGUCAUCCCCCAUUGUCCUGUGGGAGGUUUGGGCUAGGAUGUAGAUAAUCUUCAACUCUGAAGGAAUAUUUGAAACAUGUACAAAACAAACGAAGUAUUUUUCCUUUUUUCCAAACUUGAAUGUCAUGGGUUCAAUUGCCAAUUCUGCCAAAUUUUUUUCUCUAUUUUUUUAAAUCAUUUGAAUAGGAAAAUUGAAAAUGCAAGGAAAAGAAUCACUUUCUAUUUGGCCAUGUGGGUUGUUUGAAAAAUAAAAUAGGAAUAUUUAGUCUACUAUAUUAAAUGAGCACAAAGCAGGGUUGUUGUUUUUUUAUUUAUGUUACUUGUUUGCUGCUAUUUUUAGUGGCACCUUCUGAGAAAAGCUGCUUUAUUAAUUUUUUAAAAUUAGUUUCAAUAGAAUACAAGUUGAAAAAUCCUUAAUAAUAUUAAUUAAAUAAUCUUUUCUGUAUGGUCUUAAAUUAAUUCUGUUCAUAGUCAUAUAUACUACCAGUUUGAAUGUUUCUAUUGACCACUCUUUUCAUAACUUCAGCCUUUGUAAAAGUAACAUCUGUAUAACAUAUGUUACAGCUGGCCAAAGCUCUUUGCCAAUAUUGUCCCGAAUUUGAAAAAAUCAAUUUGGCCUACUAACAAAUGUGUUUGAUUUGUCAUUGCAAAAUAAAAGGAAAACCUGACUUUAAAUAAUAUGCUUUGUUGUAAAACAUUUUAUCUUCUGUUAAUUUUGUAUCCAUAUCUAUUCAUCUGAUUUCUUUGAUUAGCAGUUUCAGCACUAUGAUUGUAAAAUUGCAACUUUGAAUAUCUAAUUUUUACAAGCAGAUAGAGCAUAUCUCUAAUUGGAGGUUUUUAUAUAUCAGUGCUCAGUACCAGUAUCUUUAUCUUUAGCAAUUUAUCAUCUGUGCAAGUUAUAUUGUAACUUUUUGGGUAUAUUUUUUUAUCAAUAAAAUAAUGUAUAUUUCAAAACAAUAAGCUAUUUGUUUACAUUAUUUGGGCAUACUAGGUGAAUUUAAGUAACUGAAUGUUCUUAAAAUGUUGCUUACUAAUUAUCUAACUACACCAAGUCAGACUUUUGUGGAAUGGCUAUACCACGGGUAUAUUAAUGGAAAAAAAUUCACACUUUUUUAAGACCACAGGUUUUCCCGCAGCCACCUGAUAUAUAUGUACAGUAUUGGGGAAAAAAAACACUUAAUACAUCAUUGCCAAACUUUCCAGGUGCUGAUUGGCCAAAAUAGCAGUUUAGCACAUCAACUGGUUGAAUAUGCUUUAAGUCACAUUAUUAAACAAGGAAUCAUUCUCAUAUACCAGCCUUAAUCCCACUAGAAUUUCUGUGUAUUUGUGAAUAGUUUUACUAUUACAUUACAUUACAUUCUUAUUUUAGUUUGGACUGUUAAGCCUCGUUUUCUUUUGUUGUGGCUCUAGUAACAGUAUACUUUCUGUGCUUACCAAGUCUUUUUAUACUGUAAUGCGGCAUUCCGUACAGUACUGUAUGGCUCUUUAAAAAAAUUACUUAACGUGUAAGGAAUCUUUCAAAAGAAACAGCAUGUAAAGGUUAUUAAGGGAACUUGGAAAUUGUUAAGGGUUUAAAGUGUUAGGAGUUGUUCUGCAAUACUGUUUUAUGUUAAAAAAUACUGUACUUAUAUUAAAUUAAAUACUACAUCUCCAGUUAGAUGAAAUUUAACUUUCACUGGUGAUCUUGGAAUGUAUCCAUCACAAAAGUUAAGGGAACACUGUACAGGAUGUGGUUCUUCUUUUUCUCAAGUAGGAACUAUAGAAAACUUAAUUAUCUGUGACUUGAAAACAGUUUUAUCAGCAUUUAAAAACAAAAUCCAGAAAAGAUGUAUUGAUGGUUAGUUUUAAGCGAUAAAAAAACAAAUUUUAAAAUAUUGAAAAUGAUUAUUCUAGUUUUUAAAAGAUUUUGUUAAAAAAGGAAUUAUAUUACUUAUGAUUUAGUUUAUUUUUAUUGCUUGAGUUAUAAUAGAUUUGUACCAUUUUUCUAUUAACUCAAAUUUGUAGCAGUUUUGUAAUAACCCAAAUUCACAAAAGAAUAAUUUUACUUUUUGUUAUUUUAUUAAGAUUGUGUUCAAUACUGAUGUCAUAAAAAGAUGUUUAAUUCAUUUAAUUGUUUUUUUCACUUAAUAAAAUAGAACCUUUUUUGUUUUACACUUUUUGUACUUAAGAUAACAUUUGUUUUUUAUCUAAACAGGUUACUAAUCAAAUUUACUUGUACAUUGUUAUUGCAUGAACCAAAUCAAUCUUGUUGAAACUUUGUUACCCUCAGUCUUUGUGGCUAUAUAAAAAUAAACCACUCUUAAUAUUUCCUGAA